AUGGCUCAGAGUAAUGCUGGCAUUCAGAAGCUCUUGGACGCAGAGAAGAAGGCAUCAGCGUUAGUUUCUGAGGCCAGAAAACGAAAGGUACAGAAACUAAAAACUGCAAAGAAGGAAGCAGAAGUUGAAAUCAACAAGUGCAAAGAAGAGAAAGAAAACCAGUUUAAAGCAUAUGAACAUGAGAUUUUUUCAAAGAAAGGCAACAGCGAAGCCCAAAUACAAGUGCUGACUAAUCAGAAGCUGAAGGAUCAAGAAUAUAUGUUGAAGAACAACCAAAGCAGGACCAUGAAAACCCUUUUGGAGCAAGUGUUUAACAUUGAGAUCAGGCUACACGAAAAUGUCCGUUUUUAG